AUGGGUGAGGAGAUGGCUUCUUUCUGCAGAGUGCCCGUCUGGCUCGACUGUGAUCCCGGUCAUGACGAUGCCUGUGCUCUCCUCCUUGCGGCUUAUCACCCAUCCCUCAACCUCCUUGGGGUUAGCACCGUGCACGGCAAUGCGCCUCUAUCAAAAUGUACAUACAAUGCCCUGAGUGUACUAGAAGCGAUUGGGAAACCUGAAGUCCACGUUUUCCCAGGCUCGCCGCGUCCAUUCUGCCGUAUCGUUCAUACCGCUCCUGAUAUCCAUGGCGCAAGCGGGUUGGGAGGGACAGAUCUGCUCCCCGAGCCCACCCGUUCCGCAUUGACACACUGCAAUGCCGUCCUGGAAAUGCACAGCGCACUGCUGUCUCAACCCAGAGGCACGCCGUAUCUUGUUGCAACCGGCCCAUUGACGAACGUCGCUCUGCUCUUCGCCCUUUUCCCAGACGUCGCGGAACACAUUGCGGGCCUUUCCAUAAUGGGGGGAGCGAUCGGCUCAGAUUUCACUCACGUCUCGAUGGGCCAAGCUUACCAAGAUAACAACGGCAACACCCACGCUAGAAGUGGAAACCGCACGCCUUUCGCGGAGUUCAACAUUUGGGCCGACCCGGAAUCUGCACGGUCGGUCUUUCAAAACCCGCUCUUGAAAGCAAAGACGACUCUUAUUCCCCUGGAUGUGACCCAUCAAGCCUACGCAACGCCUGAAGUUCAGCGUAUGCUGUUGAAUGGGACGAAUGGCCCGACCAGGCUGAGGACGAUGUUUAACGAACUACUCAUGUUCUUUGCCCAUAAAUACGCUGAGGUGUUUGGGCUCAACGAGGGACCCCCGCUACACGAUCCGCUCGCAGUGGCGGUGUUGUUGGGCAACCAUCCAGAUGCCGCAGUCAGAAUCAACUUUGAUGACAAUGGUGGCGAGAGAUGGGAUGUCGAUGUUGUCUUGGAGGGAGAGCAGAUCGGAAGGACAGUGAUAACAAAGGCAAUGAAUGGGCAAGGUGUGAAAAUUCCGAGGACACUCGACAUAACCAAGUUUUGGCAGACGUUAGAGGAAUGUUUGGCUAGCGCCGACAAGGUCACAGGGUACAUGAAAUGA